AUGAAACUCGCUCAUGAAAAAUAUGGAAAAUUACCUUGGAAACGACUUUUUAUGCCAUCAAUAAAUAUAAGUCGUAAUGGAUUUCCUGUACCUGCAGAAUUAAGUAUUCGAUUAAUGGAAAUAGUAUUAAAUAAUCCAAUACUUUCAUCAAUAUAUGCUCCAAUCGAUGGUAAAUUAUUAAAAGAAGGAGAAACUUUAUACCGAACUAAUUACUCAAUAACUUUGGAAAAAAUUGCUAAUAAUUAUACCGAGUUUUAUAAGGGCUCAAUUGCAAAAUCAUUAAUAAAAACUAUUCAAGAUGCUGGUGGAAUAAUGAUUUUAGAAGAUUUAGUUAAUUAUCAUCCAGUAGUGCGUAAACCAAUUAUUGGUUAUUAUAAUGGACGAAAGAUAAUAACAACACCAGAGCCUGCAAGUGGUGUAGUAUUAAUAUUUUUAUUAAAUUUAUUGGAAAAAUAUGAAUUACAUAAGAUUGGUUUCGCUCGACGUACUGAAAUUGGGGAUUCUGCAUUUUUUGAAAAUAAGACUGAACACAAUUUACGUAUAUUGGAAUUAAUUUCCAAAGAAUAUGCUGAUAUAGUACGAAGAAAUUUAACAGAUGAUGAGACGCAUAACCCGAAUUAUUAUAAUCCAUUAUAUUCAGAAGUAAAUGAUCAUGGUACAGCACAUUUAUCUGCUAUUGAUAAUAAUGAUAUGGCAGUGUCAUUUACAUCUACUAAUAUGGGGUUCACUAGUAAAAAACCAUUAUCAUCUACAAUUCCAACAGUAAUAGAAAAAGAUGGUAAAUUGGAAUUAGUAAUUGGUGGAAGUGGUGGAACUAAAAUUAUUUCUGCUGUAUUACAGGCAUUCUUUGAGUCAGGAUUCUCAUUUAAAUUAAUAGAAAAUUUAUUGGAAAUUGGACAUGUGAUACAAAUGUCUAAUAUUCAUGAUAGAAGAUUUUCUGCUAUGGUACAAGCCGUUAGGAAAUUUAAUAAUAAUACAAUUCAUGCUGUUAGUGACUUUAGAAAACUUGGAAAAGCAGCAGGAUAUUAA